UUUGGCUUUAGCCAACUUCACAUUCAAGCGCAAAGAGCUCUCCAGACCACCAGCAGAAACAGUGCGCAGAGCUGGUAAGAGUCGGAAGCCUGGUUGUAACCCCACUGCUUUCAAAGAGUUAAAAGAAUAUUUUCCAUCUGCACCUGACUUAAAAGAGGAAACAAAAAAUGAGGAUAUUGAAUCUGCUGCUAAAAGGAGGUAUGAUUCUUUGCUGCUGAUAAGGGGCCAGCCGUAAAUGACGUCACACUAUUUUUGUCAAUUAUCUUUCCACCUAGCUAUUUCCAAAUAUAGAAUUAUAAUGAAAUCCAAGAUUGCCUUGUCUUGGCAAGCAUGUCUUCUGCAAUAAAUAUUCCUUGACAAGUGUGUACAUCGUGUAUGGCAGGUUUGUUAUAGUUAGUAAUUGUAGAUUCUCUGGCACGUGCUUUGCUGGCAUUAAGAAUCUAUCGCAAGCUUUAAUUAUGAUUGUAGGGUACUGAAAAUGUACAUUUGGAAAUGGCUUCGGUGAGGCACUGAGGUAAUUAAAACUCUUAAUGUCCUCCCCAAAGCAUCCCCAUAAGCCCUAAAAAAUCCCCUAACUAUAGGGCUUGAAGUGGCAUAAUGGGGGACAUCUCACUUUAACCCUAUCAUCCGCCGUUAUACCCCUCUCUGUGGUAUCGCGGCCGAUAAAGUCGGCCAUUAGCAAAAUCGUCAUUAACAAUGCAAACUUAUUUAAAGUAGAUUGUUUAAGGGGAAAUCACUCUAUAUAAAUGAGUUUUCUUCCUAUUUUCUUUACUAUCAUUGUGUUUACAUGCUUUAGUCAGGGACUUUUUUGCGAUUAAUUGAGUGUGCAAUUUUUUCACCGCCAUAAUAUCUGAUGCUAGAGAGGGCGCUCCUUUAGGAUUUCAAAAUUAACACAGAAUUUCUUUAUUGGAAUUAUUUAAAAUAUAUUAAAAUGAAGCAAAGAUAUCAGAGAUAUUCCAUGUGCUAGUAAUGACAGCGUAAGCUCUCUCUGUGAUGUCGAUAAGACUAAGAGUCAGAUAUUGACAAUUUUAUCCUUAAGCUUAGUCGUAUUGUUACUGACAAAUUUGUUUGGGAAAAGGUGGAAAUCGAACAGAAAAAGACGCGGAUUUGAUCCCAAAGAUCUACCCCUAAGAUAUUCAUGUUUGUAUAUGAGUAUCAAUUAAUUAAAAAAUGGAUUUAAUAACUUCAAUUGAAAAGGAAUUUUUGAACUCAUACUUUGCCUUCUGCCCUUGUAUUUUGUAUGACAGAAAUUUGAAGGUAGUGAAUGAAAAAAAUCAUCAAUAUCACAAUUUUCCAUAUAAGUAACUAUAAAUAGUCAUUUUCUAAAAGAAUAUUGCUUCUAGUCUAUCAAAAACGUGAUUUUAGGAUAAUUUGAACAAUUUAUGGAGUAUUUAGGGUGGGUUGAAUUCAGAAGUUGAGUAGUAAAAUUUUAAUCACUCUGUAAAGGUCAAGGUCAAUAUCAACAGACACAAUAUAAAAACAAAUUCUUUUCAUACCAUAAGAUAACUUGUCCAAUGUACUUUCAGAAAAUGUAUAUUUGUAAGGGUCUCUGAAUUCAUUUAGUCUGGGAUUGUUGUCAUUUUUGACAAGCAUAUGAAAUAGCUAAAAAUGGCUUGACUCUAUAGAAAUUUGUUCUUGACAGUUAUAGGGUUAAGGACAUCCGGUCGGCCGGUGAAGCUGCUUUCACGACAGCAGAGGGCUUUCUCAGGAGUCAGUUUUUAAAAAUGUUUUUUCCCCCCAAUACAGAGACGUUAGAAAAAAAAAUGUAUGAUGAUCACGCAGCCACUGCAUGCGCGCAGACUUUUGGAGUGCUUCGUGUAAAUAAAAAUGAUUCUCCAGAUAUAAAAACUUAAGUUCCGGACGGAAACAAAACAAAUCAUUUCCAGACAUAUUAAAAUAAUUUCCAGACAGACACAAUAAAGUUCCAGACCGCCCUCUAAUGGGGAUUUUUAUAGUGGGUUUCUAACCUCGCAAAUAGUUCACAAAUUAGCUGUGAUGAAACUAAACUGUGUUAUCGAAGAGAUUUGCUUUAAGUUCUUUGAGAAAAACGUUCACUUCAAAAUGUGUAGAAAUGAUGUUUCCUUUUGAUACUCUGAGGUCAUAUUGGGCCUUUUUUAUAUCAGAGAAAUUUUAAAACUAUCUUUUGGGUAAAAAUCAUUGAUUUCUAUGCAUUUUUUAAUGUUCAUUUGAAUGAAAAAUUCUUGUUAGCAAAAGGCAUAAAUUUUUUGACAAACUGCACAUUAGUAAAUUUGAAAGCCUUUAAAUCUUUUGAUAUACUGAGCAUGAACGGCAGUGACACCAGGGGGGUGGGGUGGGGUGGUGGGAAUCACACAUGGUGACACUGUCCAAGUGGUGUGAUGCCUCACAGGGAACAUAGUAAUUUGACAGAGCUCGAUCAAGUCGGUUUCAUAACAUAUUUAAGUUAGAUACAAGGCAGGGUGCCUCCAGAGCAGAGUGCCAUAAAGAAAAUUUGCCACCAGAACAGGUUAGUACCAGAGUUUGGUGGCACCAUAGCCGGUUGCCAUCAGUGUAGGCAGUCACUGUAGCAUAGCCGGUUGCCAUCAGUGUAGGCUGUCACUGUAGCAUAGCCGGUUGCCAUCCGUGUAGGCUGUCACUGUAGCAUAGCCGGUUGCCAUCAGUGUAGGCUGUCACUGUAGCAUAGCCGGUUGCCAUCAGUGUAGGCAGUCACUGUAGUGUCUGUAGCAUAGCCGGUUGCCAUCAGUGUAGGCAGUCACUGUAGCAUAGCAAGUUGCCAUCAGUGUAGGCAGUCACUGUAGCAGGCAAAGUCAUUUGGGGAAGUCUGUAUGAGGUGACACCAGAUCUAGUGACACCCCUGAGCAUAAGAUAAAAUAAGGGCCCUGGGCUAAAAUCACAAGGCAUGAGCUUAUGCUAGCUACAGAGUCACUAACCAUAUGUUGGCUAGGUUUCUCUUUUACAUGGGUCAGAUGCAGUGUUGAUAGAAAAAAGAUCUUGUAAAAAGGGGCAUUAAAUAUAAAUACAUUUCUUUCUUUUGGGCCCUCAUUACACUUUUUUUAUUAAGAUUUUUAUUUUUUACCCCAUUUUGGGCAAUAUAUCCCAGUACCCUGACCCCUGCUUUAAGGGGAAAAUAAUAAGUAUAUAUCGAAAGCCCAGGCCCUUGUUUCUGUUCCGUUAACAGUUGUCAAAAUCAAUUUCAACUAUAGCCUAGAAUCGUAUAAAAAAAUCAUGAGUUUAGAUCACGACUGCGUGGAAAAGUUGAUACUGCAUUUUAAAAACCAGAUUUCUAAGACUGAUAACCAGUUAGCUGAAAAGAGUAAUGACACCGGUAUUAACAUCCACACAAACAAGCUUUUAGCCUUAGAUCAGUAGUUUCAAACUUAAUAUCCCAUGGACACUUGCUACAAGGUCAUAGGUGUGGCAUUAUUUUGUAUUAAUUAUAUCUCUAUAGGAACAACAUAAAUACCGAUAUAAAGGAAACUAACCCUGAGCCGGACUCUGAUGUUAAACCAUUUCCAAAGCUGGACUCUGAUGUUAAACCAUUUCCAAAGCUGGACUCUGAUGUUAAACCAUUUCCAAAGCUGG